AGGCCCAGACCAUGGCGCUGCUGGGCACGUAGCCAUCGGCAGUUCCAGAGCCUAGCUCCAGACGGGAUAGGGGGCACAUCUUGUCACGCGAGGUGGCUGAAGGCCCCGGGGCUUCCCACCCGUUCCCUCCGGGUCACUAUGAGCCUGGAACUGUACUUGGACCUCAUCUCUCCACCCUGUCGGGCCGUUUACAUCUUUGCCAAGAUGAACAAUAUCCACUUCGACUACUUUGCCGUGGAUCUGCUGCACGGUGAGCAGCACAGCAAAGAGUUUGAAGCUAUCAACAUCCUCAGGAAAGUGCCCUUGCUCCGAGAGGGAAGCUUCAUCUUGGCUGAGAGCGUGCCCAUCCUGUUAUACCUGACCCGCAAAUUCAGCACCUCUCUCUAUUGGUACCCACCUGAUAUACGUAUACAGGCCCGCAUUGAUGAAUACAUGGCCUGGCAGUAUGAAGGCAUGCAGAUCAUCAUGGAAAAGAUUCUGUGGUCAAAGUUGCUGAUUCCAAUGAUUACGGGGCAGGAAGUGCCACAGGAGAAGGUAGAUGACGUACUGAAACAAGCAGAGACCAACAUACAGUUGUUCUGCGACCACUUCCUGAAGGAUAAGCCGUUUCUAGUAGGGAACGUCAUCAGCUUGGCUGACCUGAUGGCUGCGGUGGAGUUGAUGCAGCCAUCGGGUGCUGACUUUGAUAUCUUCCUUGGCAGACCCAAGCUCAACGAAUGGCUUCUGCGGGUAGAGGAAAUUGUGGGUCACAGACUCUUCCAGGAGGCCCAUGAGAAACUGCUAACCAUCAAGAAUUGGGACAUAUCCAUUUUAGAUCCCAGUGUGAGGAAGAAGAUCCUUAUCAUGAUAGAGAAAGUGACCAAAUGAAUGGAGAAGGUCCUUUUAACAUGGGCAGGUCUUCUGGGAGUGGGAAGACCUUGGUUAGACAGAGGGCUUAGGGGCAUUUUGCAGAUCCUAAAGAUUAUGGUGGUCCCAUCCUUCUCUUAAUAAAGAGUCAGUGUCUGGGC